AUGAUUGUCCAGGCCCUAAAUAACAGAUCACUGUUUAAGCUUGUUUUGAAUUUUGGAAUCAACUUUUCGCCCGUCUUUGUCUGGCUACUGAUGUUCAAAAACGCCGGCAUCGUUCCCAACGAGAUCAGACCCACAAUUCACGUGAAAUUGGCCAUGUCCCUGGACGCAUUCAUCUUUGACAUCCACCGUAUCUCGGCCUGGAUGUCGCUAGUGUUGAUCAUGGCCGUGUCAUAUCUUCUCUGGGUGUACUGCUACCAGAUCCCAAACCGUACCGUGUUCCGGUCCGAGCUGGGAUCAUCCAGUUUCACCAUGCCGUCCAAAAACGACAUCGAAGACCAGGCAGAUCAGGACCUGGAACUUAAUCUAUUGGAACAGUCGGGCGUGCAAUCGGCCGAAUCCAGCUCCUCGAGCACAGACCUCUCAGCGCCGACCCAAACAUACCUCCCUCCUUCGUGCUGCUACACAACACCGGUCUUUUUGCUCGGCUUCUGCUGGCUGCUGCUCAACCUCGACCACGCGAUCAUCUACCCGCAAACCACCUUCCGCGACUUGCUGGCCUGGGUUUCCUACGUGCUCUUCCAUUUCUUCGCUCCGCUUUUCACAGCCAUCUAUCUUUAUGUUUUCCAGACCCCUGGUGCCAUCAAGUGGUUUUCCGUGGCUCUGGGCUCCCAGAACAUUGCCGGAGUGAUCACCCACAUGCUUUUCCCCAACGCCCCACCGUGGUUCAUCCAUCUCUACGGCGAGGACGCGGCAGCAGAUUACGAUAUGCCCGGCUACGCAGCAGGGCUGACGCGUGUGGACGUGGCUCUGGGCACCCACCUUAAUUCCAACGGUUUCCACAAAAGUCCCAUCGUGUUUGGCGCAGUGCCGUCGCUGCACUCCGCCAUGGCUGUCCAGUGCUUUUUCUUCAUUGCAUUUUAUACCACCUGGUGGUUCCCGAAGAUAGGCAUGCUUGCCUUUGUGAUCUUACAAUGGUGGGCCACAAUGUACCUGGACCACCACUGGCGUCUUGAUCUGAUUGUGGGGUUGGCGUACGCAAUUAUUAGUUUUACCAUCUACAAACGGCAUCUCGUUGCUGCGGAACAGAGACUGGUCAAGGCGCGGUUGCGCGGCGAUUUCGGAGCAGGAUCCUCGUACGGCAUGAGGGUCUUCCGCAACCAUUGGCUUAAGCGACUAUUUGAUCAAUACUCCUAA